UGGUCUUGUCUCAUGUGCGUCUUGGGCAUCCGCUCAUCCUGCUCUUUCGGAUAACCUCCUCAUUUUUGAUCAAAGUGUGUCACACAUCAAUGUGCGUGAGUGUUAGUUGAAGUUCUCGAAUACAAACUCGGAUUUUCAAGCGGGCACAACUCGGAUUUCUUUUCAUGCGAAACCUCCCCCCGGUGAACUGAGAUGGAGGGGACAGACCAGGUGGACGAGGCGACGCGUCGGAGGAGUGAGCGGCGGCUGUCGUCGCAGCCACCGGAAGUGAGCGCCGCCAAACCGGAAACGGAAAUCGAAGUGCGUCGCAAAUCCCUCGGGCUCCUCCGCGACAUCACCUCCCAGUGGGCCAGCAAAGAGAGCAAGUACACUCUCAGUGACGACGCUAUCGAACCGGAAACGACUCGCGCUGUGACUAUUGCCGGAAAUGCCGAAGAAUCGAAAAAUCCAGUUCGUCCGAAAACACCGGAAACGCCGUCGAUGAAACCGGAAACGUCAUCGUCGAAACCGGAAACGCCGUCGAUGAAACCGGAAACGUCGUCGAUGAAACCGGAAACGGCAUCGAUGAAAGCGGAAACGGCGAUGCCCGCAGCGAGCGUUUCCGGUGAGGGGGCGGAAUCGGGGGCGAAAAAACCGGAAACGGGUUCUCUGGCGAAGAGGAGAUCGAGUUCGACCCCGGGAACGAUCGCGACUGUGCCUCCGCCACCGGCCAGGUUGAAAAUGUCGUCCAUGGAAGAGGAAAGCAUGCGGGAAAGACUGCGAUCCAUGCUCCUGCGACAGUGUGCCCAGUUUUUGGAAAUCGAAGGUGUCAGCACCAAGUUCACCAAGGAUAGUUUUCGUCGCUCCUUCCUCAAUAAGGAGCUGUUGUCCCGACUAUUCCAGCUGUUUGACCAGGAUCGAGAUGAAAUGCUCCAACAAGAAGACUGGAUCGAGUUUCUCAAAGAAAGACUUGCGGACGAGAAGCAAAUGGAUUUAGCGGAGCAAUUGGAGAGUGUUGCGUAUGUGCUUUGUGGUGACGACAGAGUAACGUUAGAUAAAUUUUGCCAAAUAUUCCAGGCCAAAGGUAUCGUGGACAAAUUAUUCCGGCUUAUUGACAAAGAUAAUGAUGGAAUCGUUACUCCAGCUCAAAUUAUGGAGUUUCUCGCAGCCCUUACCAGCACAAGGCCCAGAUCUGGAUUUGAUAAAAGCAACCUAGAUUGGCUGGAGCAGCUGUUUCGGCAAACUGUCGGCAGUGAGAGGGAAAUUCGAAGGGACGAUUUCAAGAAGAUCCUAAUCACCAAAAAUCCAUUUUUCACAGAUAGAGUAUUUCAAAUUUUCGACAAAGACAACUCUGGGUCAAUCUCUAUGCAAGAAUUCCUUGAUGCUAUGCAUCAAUUUGCAGGGCAGACCCCCGAUGAUAAAAUACGCUUCCUUUUCAAAGUUUAUGAUUUAGACGGGGAUGGACUGAUUCAACGCAGAGAGCUGCAGAAUGUGAUGCGAGCGUGUAUGGAAGAGAAUGGCAUGCAGUUCAGCGAAGAGCAAAUAGACGACUUAACAAUGGCACUUUUCGAAGACGCCGACAAUGAGUCCAGGGGAGCCAUUACGUACGAGGCUCUCAAGAACCAACUAGAAAAGCAUGGCGGACUUUUAGAAAAUUUAUCCAUUAGUAUUGACCGAUGGCUGGUGCCACCGAAGCCUAAACCCCCACCUGCUUCUCUAUUAGGGAAGAUAUCGGCACUUCGUCCCUAUCAACUCACUUUACCAUAUAUAAAAAAUAAUUACGUGUACCUUAUUUUUGCUAGUUUAUUUUUCAUUGUAAAUUUUAGUCUAUUUGUCUCAAGGUUAUAUGAAUAUAGGCAUAGUAAUUUCUACGUCAUGAUUGCUCGCGCUUGCGGCCAGUGUUUAAAUUUCAAUUGUAUGUUCGUAUUGGUUCUGAUGCUGAGGCACUGCAUCACAUUUUUGCGAACACGUGGCUUCAGUAUGUUUCUACCCUUGGACCAACACAUAUACUUUCAUAAAUUAACAGGAUUUUUCAUUUUCUUCUACAGCGUCCUCCACACGAUUAUGCAUCUUCUAAAUUUUGGAUUAGUAGUUUUGGAUGAUCCAGUGCUGAACAAGGAUAACUACUCGCUAUAUCAGUGGCUAUUCACCUCGGAGCCAGGUCUGUUCGGUUUAAUCGAUGGUUGGGCCAACCCGACCGGGGUCCUUCUCGCCACAAUCCUCUCUAUUAUGUUCAUCUGUUCUCAGACUUUUGUCCGCCGUGGUGGCAGUUUUGAGAUUUUCUACUGGACACAUCUGCUGUACGUGCCGUUCUGGAUACUGCUUAUUAUUCAUGGCCCGAACUUUUGGAAGUGGUACAUCAUUCCAGGACUACUCUAUCUCGGCGAGCGAGUCUUCCGUUUUUCGCUAAUGCGAUCCGAGCGAGGGAAAACCUACAUCAGCUCUGGCUUGUUGUUGCCGUCCAGGGUUACUCAUCUGGUCAUCAAACGUCCUCCUCACUUUGACUUCCAUCCGGGAGAUUACGUGUUCGUGAACGUUCCUGCUAUAGCCAAAUACGAAUGGCACCCUUUCACUAUCAGCAGUGCACCAGAGCAAGAGGACUACAUGUGGCUUCAUAUCCGAGGAGUGGGAGAAUGGACCAAUAGACUGCACAACUACUUUGAGAAGGAACAGGAAAAAUUGCAUAACAUCGAUCAAGAGUUACCAACUGUUGAGCCCAAACCAACCCCCGCUGCUGCAGUUGCCACAGUUCCAGAACCAAAUACGGCUCUAAAACGACUCCAGGAGCAAUUAAAACGACAGUUUUCACGGAAAGACAGUGGUUUGAACGUGAGAGGAAAAAUGGUAAUGUUUAGAGAUAUGUCUGGAUAUACCAACGAGAGCUUCUCUAGUUUACCGGAGAAUAUUCGUAUGACUGCCUCAACCGACAGUGAUAUUUCCACUAGUGAUGCCGGUUCAAACACUGAUAUUUUCAAUGCUGGAAGCGGCCCAAAAAAACCUCAGCCAGUGAACCUCCACAAACUUUUACUCACAAGUAAAACACCGCUGGAGAAAUCGUUCUCAAUGCCGGACAUGGAAAAUAGAUCAAAGAAAAGGGAUAGACUUUUAGCGCUGCGAGAAUACCAAAGAUCCGAGUCAGAGAAAAGUUUCGACGAAUGUCAAAUGAAACGGGCGAGACUUCAAUCCCUAGGUCUUGCGUACCUGAGCCCUCAAAAUAAGUCUUUGGCCCAAAGUUUCCGCUACAUGCGGAACAAGCCCACUAUAAUCGCUUUCAAAACGCCAAGUCUGGAAAGUUGUGAAGCCAAACUAUCAGCUUUAUCGAUUCUCAGUCGACAGUCGACAAAUUUCUCUUUAGAAAGUAACGUAGAGGAAGGAAGGUUCGAGACUGAGCAACAUAAACCAACUAGUGAAACGCCACACACUCGUCCGGCACACAUUAAUUAUCCUGUCGGAAAACCAUUAGAGAUAUUCUUGGACGGUCCAUAUGGAGCACCCAGCAGUCAUAUAUUCCGCGCCCAGCACGCCGUUUUGAUCGCUACAGGAAUUGGAGUCACCCCAUUUGCCUCCAUCUUGCAAUCCAUCAUGCAUCGCUACUGGAAAGCAAGGCACUCCUGUCCAAAGUGCAAAUACACCUGGGCCAGCGACAUUCCACCCACGAUCAUGCAUUUAAGAAAAGUGGACUUCUUUUGGAUCAACAGAGAUCAGAGAUCUUUCGAAUGGUUUGUGAAUUUACUGUCCCAGCUGGAAAUCGAGCAGGCCGAAUUGGGCGGAGCCAUGGAGCGCUUCUUGGAGAUGCACAUGUACAUCACAUCUGCCCUCCAAAAAACCGAUAUGAAAGCGGUUGGGCUUCAACUGGCUUUAGAUCUACUUCACGAAAAGGAAAAAAGAGAUCUAAUCACCGGAUUGAAAACCCGAACAAAUGCAGGCAGACCAAACUGGGACAAAGUGUUCAAGCAACUUUUGGAUCAGAAGAAAGGAAAAGUUACCGUGUUCUACUGUGGACCUCCUCAACUUGGCAGAACGCUGAGAUUCAAGUGUGAUCAAUUUGGAUUCAGCUUCCGAAAGGAAGUGUUCUAAGAUUCAUCUCGAUUUAACCAGAUCCCGGCAUGAGGGUUGUACUUGCAACAGGUCCUCUGGCAUGAAAAAGCCCUUUUCCACCAAAAACUAUUCUCGUUUCAAAAUUCCUGGGUGAGCCAGAGUUUUCACGCAAUGCGGCGCUGGUUUUGCUGAUAUGACCUAUCUGGAUAAACCAAUGCGAAGGUUAUAGGGAAAAUUGAGGCUAGCAUAUUAGAGAGAAAAAUGAACCAUUCGCACAAGAACAGAGUUGCAAGUACGACUUCUCUCUGAUAGCUUCAUUGGGUUCUAGACGGGGCCUAUCAGAACCAAAAAUGUUGCAUUGAGCAUACAGUAGUAUAAAAACCUAUUUCAGGUUUCAGGCGUUUAAACAUACAUGAACACAUGCCCUACAUGAGCGAAAGUUUUCUGCUAUCUUAUGUACAUAUUAAAAUUUAGAAAAAAUUUGCACUGAUAAUAGAUGUCACUUUUAUUACUGACGUGUAAGAGGUUGUUUAUUUUCUCCUUUGUCAGUUGAAAUGUUUUUCUCUUUAAUUUCUUUGAAUAAUUAUUUAUUUAUUUAUUUUUAUUUCAUCAGGAUUUUUACUGCCAAUAAAGAUAACGAUGUACAUCAACAGAUUUUGUUGAUCACAAAAUAAUCUAAGGAACGAUAUUUUGCUUACCUACUUGUUGAAAUUAAAUGAGUUAUUAAUAAAAA